GCACUCGGCCUGGGCUCACGGAGCAGCGGGACGGAGUUGCGGCUGCGGCGGUCCCGGACCCGCACCGGAGCGGCGCCCCCCGCCCGGUGAGCGGGCUCGCCGCCCGAGGCAGCGGCCCGGAGGCUCUGCCUAUCGCCCCCGAGGCUCCGGCCACACUCCAAGAUGAAAUCCUCUGACAUCGACCAGGAGCUGUUCACGGAGAGUUACUGCAAGGUGUGCAGUGCCCAGCUCAUCUCUGAGUCCCAGCGCGUGGCCCAUUAUGAGAGUCGGAAGCAUGCCAGCAAGGUCCGCCUGUACUACAUGCUGCACCCCCUCGAUGGAGGCUGCCCGGCCAAAAAGCUCCGCUCAGAAAACGGCAGUGACGGUGACUCAGUGGAUAAGAACAAAUGCUGCACACUAUGUAACAUGUCCUUUACCUCAGCAGUGGUGGCAGAGUCGCAUUACCAAGGGAAAAUCCACGCCAAGAGGUUAAAACUGCUGCUGGGGGAGCAGCCAGCGUUGAAGGCCACAGAGGCUGCCCAUGUGUGCUCACUGUGCCACUUUCCUUGCAGAGGCUGCCCAGAGGCUGCCCUGAAGGCGCCGCACACCGAGCGCUCCGCGGUGCCGCCGCCGCCACAGCGCCGGGACUCGGACAGGCACUGCCAGCUCUGCACUGCCUGGUUCAACAACCCCGUCAUGGCACAGCAGCACUACCAUGGCAAAAAGCACAAGAAGAACGCGGCCAGAGCUGACCUGCUGGAGCAGCUGGGGAAAACCCUGGACCUGGGGGAGCUGCGAGGCCUGAAGCGCAGCUACACCUGCAACAUCUGCAGCGUCACCCUGAACUCCAUAGAGCAGUACCACGCACACCUGAAGGGCUCCAAGCACCAGGCCAACCUGAAGAACCAAUAGAAGCUCUUCACUGGAGAAGAGGACAAGCACUGAUGCUGCUUCUGUGGAGGGGAGCGGGCCAGCAGGAGAGGAGGCGUUUUGGACAGUGAUCCCAUGUGGAUUCAAUAAUUAACAUGUAACUAACCUUCGCUUUGGACAAAUACAUGGAUUUUUUAUUUUAAUUUUGUGGUGAGUUAAAAUAUUUCGAUGGAUUUUUUUACCCUUUCAAGACAAUAUUUAUUCAGCACAGAGUCUAGAGUAUGAUAACUAUCCUGUAAAUACAGCACUUACUCAUCAGUCAUCUUCAGGGACAGUGGAAACAAACUAUUUUACUUCUACAUAUUUAUUCCUAGAUUUCUCCCAAGAGUGUAAGAUUAUUCUACUACAUUAUCCAUGGUAGUGAUGUAAUCAGUCUUCAAUCAGAAAUAAACACUUUCUUCACCUUC